CUGAAAAGAAGGAAGAAGUUGAGUCUGAAUCAGUGGAUGAGGAGAUCGAGCUGCACAAAGCUGAAGAUCCAUAUGUGCCGCCUAAGCCAUAUGUUCCACCCGUUCCUUUCCCAAACAGGUUAAAAAGUUCUAAGCUUAACAAUUCUUUUGAUGAGAUUUAUAAGUUGUUGUCUAAGGUUAAUGUGAAUUUGCCUCUUCUUGACAUGAUAAAAAACAUGCCUGCCUACGCUAAAUUUUUGAAAGAAUUGAGCACUAGAAAGCGUAGGUAUGAACCGAAUGAAAAAGUGUUUGUUUCUAAGGCUGUUAGUGAUGUUUUGCAAAAAGAUUUGCCCCCAAAAUUAGAAGACCCUGGCAGUUUUAUUAUCAACAUUAAUUUGGGGAAUUCUAAAUCCGAAAAAGCUAUGCUUGAUUUGGGGGCAAGUAUAAAUUUGAUGCCUU